UCACGGCGAUCUCGUCCUCGGCAUCGCAGCCCUCGACGGUUUCUUCUCGAUUCCAAAUUCUUCAAUAUGGACACCUCCGCGAUGCGCUGGGUCACCUGCCUCUGCGACAUCUUUCUCCCAUGUUUUCUAAGAGCUGGUUUGCUUGUCCCAGGAAUGGUGGAUCCAAACUCGUACAAGUCAUUAUGGAAGAUGGUGGUGAUGCUCAUGCGCUGAUCACUGUGGUGCAAUUGUUGGACCAUCGGUCUCAUCUGGGCGAUGGCUUGGGGGUGGCAGUUGACCGUCGUCGGGGUGGCUAUUGGAUCUGUCUUAUGGGUCUUCAGAUGAACCUCAUGGCAAAAUGUGAGGGUGCAACAAGAGGAUUCAUGAAGAGGUUGCGAGGGUAUACUACGAGUCGAUUCUCAAUGUCCGUGGUAUUCGCGCUAUGUAUCUUCAGGCUCAAUUCGAGAAGGCCGCUUCGCACUUGCCUUUCCACUGUUGUGCACCUGCCCUUUUGUACGAGGGCUGCUCUUACGGUGUCACCAGCGCUCGUCUACUUGUCCAAGGCGCUUCUUUUCUACGUCGGCACAGUGCUUCAUCGUCAAUGGACACGUACACCUACCUCCAGAUGUGUCAAGUCCUUGAUCUCGUCGUAUUCACCGUUUCCAUCGGCUCCCUACCCAUGUCCUUCACUUGACGCAUUUCCAAGUCCGCUCUCGCCGCGCACGAUCUGCCCGAGCUCAUCAAUCUAGACACCAUCGGUCGCUCAGAGUCCCAGGGUAUCUUCCGUCGCUGUGAAUAUCGACAGUCGAUCUACAGGUCAUUUCGCCCUACUGCCCUACGAAUAUUGGAUGUGCGCUCCUGUGACGUAGCAGACGCCGAAGCCGCCGCCGAGACCAUUUCUUCGACUUUCUCGUGUCUCCGUAUUCUCCAUC